UAGCUCAAAAGAGAGCUAUUAAACUUAUAAACAACUUGGAAAAAGAACUAUCAGAAUUAAAAGCUAUGGCUAGAAUUACCUCUAAUGCUAGGCUUCAUUAUGAGCUUAGUUCACAUAUAACUUUAGCUCAAAAAAUAGUUAAGAAACAAGAAAAAAUAUAUAUUUUAAUAAUUAAAACUAAAAUUAUUCAAAUCUCUAUGACCAUAUUCAUAGUUUUAUCGAGUUUGGAGAAGCAGAUGUAUGAAGAUGAUGUGAAAUGA